AUGGAUGCUGAAUCACGUACCACGAAGGCCCGUCGAGAGGCUUACAAGGCCAAGGGCGCUCUCAAGCAAGAUGAUCUCAGACGUCGUCGCGAAGAACAGCAGGUCGAGAUCAGACGUCAGAAGCGAGAGGAAAAUAUCUCCAAGCGAAGAAAUUUUCUUCCUUCAGCUGGUCAAGACUCCGAUGAAGAAGUGAUCACUGCUAACUGGGGUCCUGCAGAUGAAAUGGUGCAUGGUGUUUUUUCUGAAGAUCCUGAACGUCAGCUGGACGCGACAACCAAGUUCAGAAAACUCCUGUCCAAAGAAAGGAAUCCGCCGAUUGAGCGUGUUAUUGAGUGCGGCGUUGUUCCACGAUUCGUAGAAUUUCUACAAACUGGCCACUCGAUGCUCCAAUUUGAAGCAGCGUGGGCAUUGACCAAUAUCGCAUCGGGAACCGCAGAGCAUACUCAAGUGGUCAUCAAUGCACAGGCUGUUCCAGAAUUCAUUAAUCUGCUUUCGUCUCCUACGCUUGACGUUCGUGAGCAGGCUGUUUGGGCACUUGGAAACAUCGCAGGAGAUAGCCCUCAGUGCCGAGAUUACGUUCUUCAACGAGGCGCUUUGCGGCCCUUACUGGCACUCUUGAGCGAACAUCAUAAACUGAGUAUGCUAAGAAACGCGACAUGGACUUUGAGUAAUUUCUGCCGUGGAAAAUCCCCUCAACCUGACUGGGAACUGAUUUCCCCUGCGUUGACGGUGCUCACGAAGUUGAUCUAUUCUCUCGAUGACGAGAUAUUAAUUGACGCAUGCUGGGCCAUUUCGUACUUGUCUGACGGUUCCAACGAUAAGAUCCAGGCAGUCAUUGAAUCUGGAGUGUGCCGACGUCUCGUCGACCUCCUCAUGCACAACUCGACGUCUGUGCAGACCCCAGCUCUCCGUUCGGUCGGAAAUAUCGUGACUGGUGACGAUUUGCAAACCCAGGUCGUGAUCGCCUCCGGGGCUCUUCCCGCGUUGUUGUCUCUGCUCUCUUCACCAAAAGAUGGCAUCCGAAAGGAGGCUUGCUGGACGAUUUCCAACAUCACAGCAGGAUCGCCUCCCCAAAUUCAGGCCGUUAUCGAUGCAAAUAUCAUCCCCCCACUGAUUAACAUCUUGCAAAACGCCGACCUCAAAACUAAGAAGGAAGCUUGUUGGGCUAUUUCGAAUGCUACUUCCGGCGGCCUCCAAGAGCCCUCCCAGAUCCGGUAUCUUGUUGGCCAGGGAUGCAUCAAACCAUUGUGCGACCUCCUCACCACAAUGGAUAACCGGAUUAUUCAGGUGGCUCUAGACGGACUUGAUAACAUCUUGAAGGUCGGAGACAUAGACAAAGUAGCCAGUGGGCCUGGUGCUGUCAAUCAAUAUGCCAUGUUUGUCGAGGAAGCUGGUGGAAUGAUCACGAUUCACAAUCUCCAACAACACGACAAUUUGGAGAUUUACAAGAAGGCUUUCAAUAUCAUGGACAAGUACUUCCCCGAUGAGGAGGAGGUCGAUACGGCCCUCAAUGCGCCGCAAGUCGAUUCAUCUGGUGCUUUCGCUUUCCACUCAGAUCAACAAGCACCUCAAGGCGGCUUCACCUUCGGCCAAUAG